GUCACUGACUAUCGUGUUCGCUUAUCUGUAGUCGAUACGGCAGUGUUAAAAAGUCCGAGAGCCGAAAGUGGCUAAGUUCAGCCGCUGAACCGCGACGCUACAGCCACAAUACGCGCCAUUUUCAAACGUCUUCGAUCUCAUCUCCACAAAAUUCCAUUUUUAUUUCUUAAUAUCGGAUUUCGUGGUAUUAAAAGAAAGUAAAAUUUGAUAUUGAAGUAAGUUAAAAAGUAACUAAUUGCUGAGUUUUUUAAUUUGGCCCUUAAUAUCUUUGAUUUAAUAUCUUUGAGAAAAUACCUCUGUUUUUAGCACCCUCUAGAGAUCAAGCUUGAUAUGUUCAGACCGUUUCCGCGGCAACAAGAAAGCAAACUAGUUACGUAAAUGUGCAACAUGAUUUCUAUAACUUAUUUUCUCACUUCACACAGAACCACUCAUUAAUUCGCAAGUAACGAAAAUUUCAAGAAAUUUACAAGUGAUACAAAAUCAAGUAAAGAGUUUGUUAGUUAAAUUUGGCAAUUGAAUAAAACUUAAAAAAGAAAUCAUGCUCUCAUCUAAAGCGAAUGCAGCGCUGAUGCGUGUGAAAGAGAUGGAAGAGAAAUAUAAGAUGAAACGCAGAGAGCAAAUAUGGAACCGUAAAGAGGAUACAGAUAGUUUGAUAAGCAGCGUUUCGAUUAAUUUUUCGGAGAAUCUCUCGACAAAGUUAAAGGAGUCGCCGAAGGAUGUUUCAAAGCUGAAACUUGAUAUAAAGAUGCCAGAUAUUCGAUUUGAAGGACACAUAGAAGAAAAAAAACUUUCAUCAAAGGAUAAAAAAUCAACGAAGGACAGAGUGAGCUCGAAAUCUGAAGAUGCUGAUGAAGUUGAUGUCGAAAUACUGUUAGAAGAUAAAUCGUCGCAUUCCGCAGAAAAGCAAGAAAGUUCCAUCUCAGAUAUAACAACCAUUCAAGAAGACAGCUUGAUUGAAAGCGUGCUUGAUGAUUCAAUGACUUCGUCAAAAUCACCAUCGUAUUCGAAGGCAUCACAACAAAACUUUUCUACAACCAGCAAUAAACUUUCUGGACGCAAAGAAAGAAUAAAAGCAGAUGGAAAGUUAAAGAAAGGAAAGGAAUCUGAUAAAUCAUCUGAAAUUUCAAGGAAUAAAUUAUCAUCCAAUAAUUCAUCAAUUGCAAAGUCAUCAAAGUCGUCUGAAAAAUCGAAAGAGAAGAUUUCCAAAGUGCGUUCUAGCGUGAGACAUGUGAUUGACGAAGAAAAGAAUGUUAAGACAUUAAAAUUGAUAAAUAGUGAUCAAAAUUCAAAGAAUUUGAAUUAUUUGGGAUCUUUACACAAUGAUAGUGUUAUCAAGGAGUCGAUCGAUACGAUAGAGAAUGAUAGUGAAAUUAUUUCAGAACUUUCCCAUGCUGAGGAAAAUGUUAUAAUUAAUACUAAAGAUUCUGUGAAUCUUUCAAUCAAUUCAAAAUAUUCAGUAAGUGAAAAUGCUUAUGUAAUGGUUUCAAAUAGUUCCAAACAUCCUGUAGCGGAAAAUGACUAUACAAAUGACACCUUCGAAGAUGUUUCAAGCUUGACUAUGCGAUCAAAAUCAGAAUUGCAACGCAAGAAAAUUAUUGAUGCUGAGAAUAUGUUGAUAAAAUUGCAUGGGGACGCAACUGAUACAACUGCUAAAAAAGAAAUGAGUUUAGAAAUUGUGAAAAGCUCUUCCAGAACUAAAACAGAAUUUGAAGAUCAGAAUGCAACAAUGAGGAAAGUAAAGAAAGAAGAUGAGAGUUCUCACUCUUUAGAAAAUGAUAAAAUAUCUGAUCACAAUAGUCACGAGUAUAACACCAAGAAGAAGAAAAGGAAAAUUAAAAAUACAAGUGCAAAGUCAAUCAAAGCUUCUCACAAUAACAUCGGAAGUCGUAAGGAAGACAAGGCUUUGAGACUUGACGAGAAACAAAUGCGCAGACUUCAAAAGCGAAUUGUCGAACUGCGACUGUGGCAAGAGCGGGAAGACCUCCAAAAAUAUCUACACGAAUUGAAAGACUUGAGAUUACAAUCGAGUGCUACUCCGAGCUAUUUCAGUCCUUUGGAAUUUCCAAAGGUCGCAGAAUUUACACAGCCAGAUGCAAUCGAGAUAGAAUCGAAGCCGGAUGAUCAGUGUGUUAUGCUUCGGGAGAGAGUUUCGGCAAUCAGACGGUGGUUGAAGGAUCAAUAUAUGUUGUAUCGUGACUACUGUACUAUGGCGCAAGCGAUCAAUGCCCACUACGUUCCCACGACGUUGAACGAUGCCAAAAAGGUUGGUGCCUUUUAAAUGGCUCGAUGUUAUUUAUCAUUGUCAAGUUGGAAUUUCAGGUAGGUAGGCGAGAGAGCAUGUCAUGAUGAGGACAAUAGGAGAACGCAAUAAGGAACCGAAUAAGGAAACGAAUGGUUAACAGCGCACCGCAAACUUGUGAGGUUCCGCUUGGACAAGCUCAAGAAAGUCUCUUAAACGAGAUAAAUCAUUCUGCUUGCAGACGAUACGUGAGCUGCGAAAAACAACUAUUAAAACCAGAUGACGUCGACGUGCCCACCUGAGACACGUGACGUAUGUACGUAAUCCUUCGUUGAAGUUAUCUAUGAUCCAGCAUCACAUUUAAGUACUUCAAAAUCAGUGGGGAUUGCGCGGCGAUUCUAUGAGGGA